AUGGGACGCGUGCGCGCGGUGAGCGCGACGCCGGACGUGUCGAGCGAACAAGAAUUUAACGCGUACAUCAAGAACGUGAACGCGGAGAUCGAACGCGCGCUGGACGCGUCGGUGCCGAUGCAUUAUCCGGAACGCCUGAGCGAGAGCAUGCGAUAUUCGCUGCUGGCGGGAGGGAAAAGGAUUCGACCGGCGCUGUGCUUGGCGGCGUGCGAACUCGUGGGGGGGACGAUGGAGGUGGCGAUGCCGACGGCGUGCGCGCUGGAGAUGAUUCACACCAUGUCGCUGAUCCACGACGAUUUGCCGAGCAUGGAUAACGACGACUUUCGCCGCGGCAAGCCGACGAAUCACAAGGUGUACGGAGAGGAGAUGGCGAUUUUGGCCGGUGACGCGCUGUUGAGUCACGCGUUUGAGUACAUCGGAAGAGAAACGAAAGGGGUGAGCGCGGAUAAAGUGCUUCGAGUGAUCGUCGACGUCGGAAAGUGCGUCGGGAGCGAGGGGUUGGUCGGCGGACAAGUCGUGGAUAUCAUGUCCGAGGGCGCGGACGAGGGCACGGUGACGAUUGAUACCUUGAAGUACAUUCACGCACACAAGACGGGAGCGUUGCUCGAGGUGAGCGUCACGGCUGGUGCCAUUCUCGGGGGGGCGAGCGAAGAGCAGAUCGGGAAGCUGGAGCGAUACGCGCAAAACAUUGGUUUGGCGUUUCAAGUCGUCGACGACAUUCUCGACUGCACGGCGACGAGCGAAGAGCUCGGGAAGACCGCGGGUAAGGAUAUGGCCGUCGGCAAGUCCACCUAUCCCAGUCUGGUCGGCAUGGAAGAGUCCAAGCGCAUCGCGGCGGAUCUCAUUAGUAAGGCAAAGCAAGAGUUAGAGGGCUUUGACCCGGUGAAGGUCAAGCCGCUCAUCGGUUUGGCGGAUUACAUUCAAAACAGAAAGAACUAA